AUGUCGCGAUUGUCAAUGUUGAAUUCAACGCGUAGGCGCCAAGUGAUUGCUGCCAUUAGCUGCUUUAUGAACCUUGUUUCGAUUUAUGUGAUUUUAGGCAUGAGACUAUCCAAAAUUUUAGAAAACCGUUACAUGAACCCGAGACUUGGUAGGCAGCCAAUGGACACUUACACUGUGAGGCACUAUGAUAGACAAAGACACUUGAACAUCGCAACUAGAAUUAGUGGUAUUUAUGCCUUUGACCAAAUUAGGAUGAACCGUACACUUUUCAAAAGGUUGUGUGAGGUUCUUGCUCAUGAUGGAGGGUUGAAAAAAACUAGGAAUGUUGAUAUUGACGAGAUGGUGUAUACCUUUCUUCGUACUAUUUCACAUAACGAGAAAAAUAGGACGUUGCAACUUAAUUUGCGACGAUCCGGUGAAACCAUAUCUCGGUCAUUUCACCGUGUUUUGAAGGCUGUCAUAAGAUUAAAUGAUCAGUACAUGAUGAAGCCUGCUCCUAUUCCAGAGGACUGUACCAACAGUAGGUGGAAACAUUUUAAGAAAUGCUUAGGGGCCCUAGAUGGAACUCAUAUUGAGGUUCGACCUUUAAAGGAAGAUCAACCUAGAUUUCGAGAUAGGAAGCAUAAGCUGUCCAUGAAUGUAUUGGGGGUUUGCACUCCAAACCUAGAAUUUGUCUAUGUUCUUGCUGGUUGGGAAGGUAGUGCCCAUGAUAGCAGAGUGCUCAAAGAUGCCCUCACUAGACCAAAUGGUCUGACUCUGCCGGAAGGGUGUUUUUAUCUUUGUGAUGCUGGGUAUGCAAAUUCUGCUGGUUUUUUAACCCCAUAUCGCGGUCAGAGAUAUCAUCUCAAAGAGUGGGGUGCAAAUCCGCCUCUCACAGCAGAGGAAUACUACAACAUGAAGCAUGCUUCAGCUAGGAAUGUAAUUGAGCGUAUUUUUGGGGUUCUAAAGAUGAGAUGGUCUAUUAUAAGGAACCCAACUUGGUUCACCCCAAAGGAGGUUGCACGAAUAGUUGUUGCUUGCUGCAUCCUGCACAACUUCAUCAAUAAGGAACAAGGAGCUGACUCUUGUGAGCGAACUUACCGGGACCGUGAACCUGACCUUCAUGAAUCGGAUGAGGUGGAAACAAUUGUGGGUUCUAGCAUGGAACCGUGUGCUGCGUGGACUCAGUUUAGAAAUGAAAAGGCUAUUGCGAUGUGGGAAAAUAGGACAAAUGUGUAG